AUGUCUAGGAUACGCUCGUUCGUAUCGCGACAUGGGCGUAGAUACACAUGGACACCAGCGAGAAAAUGCCUAGAGCUCGUGCGCGAUGACGAUACCGUAGUCCUUAGGUCAUCCAGCGGCUCAUCCAGUCUUUUUGGCAAACGACGACCCCCACACGUCACGAUCUUCGAGACCUGCUUUGACGAUGUGGACGAAAUCAUCUUGACAUAUAUCUAUAUCCAGCGCAUGGAGGAGCUAUCCCCGCCUACUUACGUCCCAUUCUUGAUUCUGGGCUUCUACGUGCUUUCCUUCGGUUUCUCUCCCGGGCGCAUGAACUAUCACCGUGGCGAUCCGCACCUUCUUCAAGCGCUCUCUAGUCCAUAA